AUGGAGGUGGAAGAAGAGGCAAUCAAGUCUGAAGAAGUGCAGGUGGAUGCUGCUGGCAGCGAAGAGAAGUCAGAUGAAGCUUUGUCUAAUGGUAGCCGCACAACCCUUAAGAGGAGCAGGGGUAGGCCGCCCAAGAACCGAUCCAUCUCUGAAUCAGAUCGAGCCUUAUCCAAUGGUAGCUCCACAACAACUAAGAGGGAACAGGGUAGGCCCAAAAGAUCAGUCACUAAGUUGUCUAAUAGUAGCACCACAACACCUAAAAAGGGUCGGCCAAAAAGAUUAGCAUCCAAGUUAGGUGCUAGCCCCAUAACACCGAAGAGGGGAAAGGCCAAAGGAUCAGUGUUCACAAAGCCCAAGAUGCUGAAAGUUAUAGGCAAGCCGUCGCGAGGCCGACCCCGUAAAGUGGUUGGCCCCUCUAAGAAGUGUGGCCGGCCCAGUAAAGUUAAAUCAAAAAGGGGUAGGCCAAAGAAGAUCCUAACACCCGAGGAGGAAGAGGAGAGAAAGAAACUGGAAAGCCAACCAAGAGUGUUGAAGCCACUCGGAAGGCCGCGCAUCUAUCCCCGCAUUGAUCCUCCAGUCAUUGAGCCUAGAGGAAGAGGCCGCCCACGCAAGACAAAGGAUAAAAGAGGUGCUCACUUGCGGAAAGCCCCCAAUCCCAAACCCCCCAUCUAUGAUGGUCCCCCACAGAAAAGGGGCCAUCCCCCUAGUGCAGCAAACAAAGAUAAGAUAGAGGCAGAGCAAGAUAAGGCCAACAGUGAACCUCCGGUCAAACGAUCCUGCAACUCCAACGAAAAAAGCCAGGAAGGAUUCCCUCCAGUGGAAGAAUCUGAUCAGGAAGAUAAAACAAGGAAGGUAAUUGAGGAUAGUGAAACAGGAUUGGUGAACUGA